CUAAAGUGUUCUCUCUAAUUUUCCACUAAACUAGAUCUUGUGCUUUUGCUCAAGUUGUGGGAUCACCCAAAACCCUGCAAAGCCCUAGCUGGUAAGGCUUAUUAUUUCACCUUCUUCCAUAUCAAAUCCUUUGUUUUUCUUGUGGGGUUCUAAUUUAUUAGCCUCUAAUGGCUUCUAUCCUUAGAAAAUCUCUAAAAAACCCGUUUUUAUCAGCAUCAAGAAUCACCACAAUACUCUGUUCUAAACCUACACCUACAUUGCCUUUGCCAGAUCAUCAUUCGUCCAGUAAUCUUGGUCAAAUCCCAUGUUUCUCUCAACAAGGAACAUUGGAUUCAAAUCUGAAUAAUGUUGGGUUUUACCCAAGUUUUUCUUUUGGGCAUUUCUUGAAUCCAGUUUGUCCAAAUGGGUUGGUUACAUUUGAGGAAGAUAAGGUUGUUGUUGAGGAUGAGUCAAAAAAUAAGAUUUGGGCUGAUAGUGUGAAGAAGAAGAGGAAGAAGAAGAUGAACAAACAUAAGUUGAAGAAGUUAAGGAAACGCCUAAGAAGGAAGACAAAGGCAUAGUGUAUUUUACACUGUGUCAUUGGUGAGGAAUUUGUUAUUCAGGCUGCAUUUCCAUUUUUUCAGUUUGUAAUGCCAGAAAGAUGUAAUUGCUGAACCAAGUUUUAGGAAUAAUUGAAGUUUACUUUCUUGUUAAA